CAGAUUAGCGACAGGAUUUGGAUCAGCUCACUGUCUGUCUGACUCCCAGGGGGCGGGGCCUCCCCUUCUCAGGCCACGCCCCCUGACCUGCGUUUUGGUCUGCCUGUCUUUGUGAGGAGCAGCGGUUUAUGAGGGUUUGUGAGAACAUUUGUUGGACUUGAAGGUUUUCAGUGCACGUGCGUGUGCGUUUCUGUUUGCGUGUGUGUGUGUGUGUGUGUGUGUGUGUGUGUGUGUGCGUGCGUGUGCGUGCGUGUGCGUGCGUGUGUGUGCGUGUAUGUGUGCGUGUGCGUGUGUGAUUAGCGUGGAUUAGCUGCUGGCAGUCAGCAGUCACAGUUGGAGUCGAACAGCAGACGGCCGGCAGCUCUGAGAUGUGGCGAGCUGGAGUCCGUCGGUGACAUCAUCAGCAGGUGACACCCUUCCCAUGGUGCCCUGCAGCCUCGGGGGUCGCCAUGGGAGACGAAUCUUACCCAGAAUGCCGAGCUCAGGAGCUGUUCGAUGAGUUUGUGUCGGCAGCGACCUGCAGGGCGGCGCUGCGCUCCUUCGGCCAGCUGUGCGAACAUCUGCAGCUGAACCGGAGCGCCGCCGAGAGGCCGCUGUACCGACCAAUCAAACGGCACCUUAAUUACUGGAGGGCCAACGCUCUGUGGGCCAAACUGGACCGGAGGGCGGCUCAGAUGGAAUACCUGAGGGCCCGGGCCUGCAGCAACAUGACGUGUGUGAUCAUCGGUGCUGGGCCUUGUGGUCUCAGGACGGCGGUGGAACUCAGCUUUAUGGGAGCUCGAGUGGUUCUGCUGGAGAAGAGGGAUUCGUUCUCCAGGAACAACGUUCUCCACCUGUGGCCCUUCACCAUCCACGACCUGCGGGGCCUCGGUGCCAAAAAGUUCUAUGGGAAGUUCUGCGCUGGCUCCAUCGACCACAUCAGUAUCCGACAGCUGCAGCUGGUGCUGCUGAAGGUCGCCUUGCUGCUGGGAGUCCAAGUUCACGUCAACGUGGAGUUCAGGAACCUGGUGGAACCGCCGGAGAACCAACACCGACACACUCUGUUGCAGUGUUCACCUGUGGUUCUACCUGCAGAGGUGGGCUGGAGGAUGGAGGUGAGUCCGAAGUCUCAUCCCGUCAGUCAGCUGGAGUUUGACGUUAUUAUCGGAGCAGAUGGACGCAGAAACACACUGCCAGGUUUCAGGCGUAAGGAGUUCAGGGGGAAGUUGGCCAUCGCCAUCACCGCCAACUUUAAAAACAGGAACACCACAGCUGAGGCCAAAGUGGAGGAGAUCAGCGGAGUCGCCUUCAUCUUCAACCAGAGGUUCUUCCAGGAGCUGCGACAAGAAACCGGGAUCGACCUGGAGAACAUCGUCUACUACAAAGACGACACGCACUACUUCGUCAUGACGGCGAAGAAACAGAGUCUGCUGGACAAAGGAGUCAUUCUACAGGACUUCGCAGAUACCGAGCAGCUCCUCUCUCGGGGGAACGUGGACCAGAAUGCAUUGCAGGUGUACGCCCGUGAGGCGGCGGACUUCUCCACCAAUCAGCAGCUGCCGUGUUUGGACUUUGCCAUGAAUCACUACGGCCAGCCGGACGUCGCCAUGUUCGACUUCACCUGCAUAUACGCAUCAGAGAACGCCGCCAUGAUCCGCCAGCGCCACGGACACCAGCUGCUGGUCACACUGGUGGGAGACAGUCUGCUGGAGCCCUUCUGGCCAAUGGGAACAGGUGUAGCUCGAGGUUUUCUGGCAGCUCUGGAUUCAGCCUGGAUGAUCAGAAGUUGGGCUCAAGGUGGAGCUCCGCUGGAUGUCCUGGCUGAGAGAGAGAGUUUGUACCGUCUCCUCCCUCAGACGACUCCAGAGAACAUGCAGAAGAACAUUGGUCUGUUCUCUUUAGAUCCAGCAACGAGAUACCUGAACAUCAGCCCUCUGACUGUCACACCUGCACAGGUGAGACACCUGGUGGACACCGGGGAGGGGACGGGGCUAAACCCUGACUGCAGUGGCAUCCUCCGCCUGCCCUCCCCCCGACUCUUCAGACAAGAGUCCUUCUCUCAGUCCAAUCAGCUGCUAACUUGGUGUCAGGAACAGACUCGUGGUUACCGUGGCGUCGACAUCAGCGACCUGGCUACUUCCUGGAAGAGUGGCCUCGCCCUGUGUGCUCUGAUCCACCGAUACCGACCCGAUCUGAUAGACUUCGACUCUCUGGAUGAGUCAUCGGUGGAAGAAAACACUCGACUUGGCUUCGAUGUGGCCGAGCAGGAGUUUGGGAUUUCUCCUCUGAUGACGGUGGAGGAGAUGUCAUCUGUCAGAGAACCGGAUUCUCUGUCGAUGGUGAUGUACCUAAGCCAGUUCUACCAGCUGCUCAAAGACUCGACGCGACCUUCUGGCUGCCUGACUCAGAGCUCUGACCUGAGAUCAGCCCUCAUCUCUCCGGCCUUCCUCCUCAGCAGACUGGCAACCAGUCCGUCCAGGAAGAGGAACCCUAAGGAGCACAGCGACGCUCUGGGCAAGAGGAGGAAGACCAGUCAGCCGGGUCGAGAGCUGCAGGAGUCAUGUGACCUGAACAGACUCGUCGACGGCCAGCUGUGCGAGGAGGCAUUUGUGGGCGGAGCCGGUCGGUCCAGAGUCCGUCUGAUGGCCAAUCAGCUGCAAGCAAAGCUGGACGAAGGUUCUUCUACCUGCAGAACGUCUUCUUCUUCUCACGCUGCGGCUCUGCGUCGGCAGGAGGAGCUGCUGUCCAGUGUUCCUCCGUCCUCAGAGUCCUCAGACACUCCACCAGCAGCAUCUCCACCUCCAACGGUGUCAUGGAGACCGAAAAAACGAACCUUCCUACAGGAGCAGAUGAGUUUUCGGUUCAAAGAAAAGAUCAAGUCUCAGGGCGUCCUGGGCGGUGACCAGCAGUGUCUUCGCAUGUACACUGGUGGAGUGAGCUCAUUGGCUGAGCAGAUAGCCAGUGGUAUUCAGGAGGAAGCUGGCACGGGUUCCGGCAGCAGCGAUGUCUGUUUCUUCUGUCAGCAGAGGGUUUACGUGAUGGAGCGUCUGAGCGCCGAGGGUUUGUUUUUCCAUCGCAGCUGCUUCCGAUGCGACUCCUGCAGCAGUUUACUGCGACCGGCUUCCUACAGCUACAACCAGAACAGCGGGAGGUUCUUCUGUCUGCAGCCUUCUGAGUGUCGACUCAACGCUCCAGCUGUGAGGAAAAGACCGACUCCAUCUGACAGAACCGCUUCACAUCGAGCCUCAAUAGUGUCCGUGGCUCCGUCUCUCUCCGACUCUCUGGCUUCUGACAGGCGGUCCUCAGCGGCUUCUGUGAUGGCGGCGAUGCCGGAGAGGAUCGAGCUGGAAAACUACCCACGGAGCUCGAAGACGGAGCUGCAGGAGGAACCGGAGGAGGUUCCAGAGGAGAUCCUGAACCACUUCAACCUAAGCAUGGACGAGGAACCUCACCAGAAGAAAGAACCUCGACGCAAAACACACCUGAGCUCGGAGUCAGAGGAGGAGGAGGACAAGGCAGAACGUCAGGAGACUUCGGAGGAAGCCGGAGCUUUGUGGAGAGAAACUCUGCAGCUGAAUGAAGACGAAGAGGACGGAGAGGACGGAGGAGGCAGCCAGAUGGAGUCCAGUGAUGAAGGGGAGUACAGCCCCUUGGACAUGGAGCGACUUUCAGGCCUCUGGAUGCUGGUGGAGGAUUCAGAUGAGGAACCUUCUCCGAGCCCGGACACACCUGUUGGCUCCGCCUCCAGUCCUCUGCCCUCCACGCCCCCCUCCAUGACUCUGCUUUUCGGAGCCACGCCCUCCACCGCCUCAUUCGUCACCACGUCAGACUCCGUCCCCGACGACGAGGCCGCCACGGCUCCGCUCACGCCUGCCGUCGUCGUGGAAACGGCCGCUCUGACACCUGCCGCUGGAGGGCGUGGCUCCUUUGAUGACAUCACCCCCGAGCUGCCACAGAAGAAGCCUCUCCUCCUGAGAGACAGGGAAGCAGGGUCAGAUGACGAGGGGGUGGAGUCAGAGGAGGAGGCGGAAUCAGAGGGGCUGAGGAGGAAGAGGCACAAAGGAGCUGGGAGCCUCGCCCCUCACCUCCUCCUCCCCCCGCUGCACACUGGGGGUGGGGCUCUCUUCCUCCAGCUGAAGGGGCUUGCAGAGGCUCCACCCCCCAGACAGGUGGGGGAGGGAGGAGGCAGAGCCAGAGCCCUGUUGAAGGCGGUGUUUUCUGGAAAAGAGCCGAAGAAGAAAAGGAGCGGGACUUUACCUGGAGAGAGAGCGAGGAGGGAAACGACCAAUCAGAGGAGGCUGCCAGAUGUCAGAGGGGAGGAGUCUGAUCUGGAUUCCACGACGGUGCUGCAGAGAUUCUCGCUGGAACCCUGGAACAACUUGCAGUUGGAGCUGUUGGAUGUCACAACGGAAAUCCAGAGAAUCACAAUAAAGGAGGAGGAGGAGAACCAGGAGCCGGCAUACGUUCCUCAUGCUCUGGCUUUCAGACGAUCGUACGCCAUCAAGAGACACAGUCUGAGGGACAGAGUUCCCUUCCAGGACUCUGAUGGACGGUCGUCCUGUCCCACCGAGGUGGUGGGCGUCCUGACUCAGCCCAAAGAGGCGUCCAGCCUGAGCGUGAAGGAGACCAUGUUCCUGAAGAAGCACGAGGAUGAAGACGAAGACCUGGAUACCAAAAUCACUCGACGGGUUCAGAGAGCUGCGAGACGACAGGCCAAACAGGAACAGCUGAAGCGACUCCACAAGGCUCAGAUGAUCCAGAGGCAGCUGCAGCAGGUGGAGGAGAAGCAAAGAGAGCUGGAGGAGAGAGGAGUGAUGGUGGAGAAAGCUCUGAGAGGAGAAGCAGAUUACUGGGAAGACUCCACCAACAGUCCAGACGUGGAGCUCCACCUGGGAGGUCUGGGUAAACUGGAGAACCCGGCUCUGAUGCAGCAGUGGUUCCAGCUGGUCCAGCAGAAGAACGCUCUGGUUCGAUACGAGUCCGAACUCGUGAUAUUUGCUCGAGAGUUGGAGCUGGAGGACAGACAGAGUCGACUGCAGCAGGAGCUCAGAGAGAGGAUGGCAGUGGACGACCACCUGAAGGGGGCGGGGCAGCUGGCUGAGGAGCGUCUGAUCCUGGAGGAGAUGCUGGAGGUGGUGGAGCGUAGAGACUCUCUGGUGUCUCUGCUGGAGGAGCAGCGUCUUCAGGAGCGUCAGGAGGACCUGUACCUGCAGCAGGUGAUGUCAGCUGGAGGGCUGGGACUCACCUGGACCUGACUCACCUGGAUCUACCAGGCCAGCAGAAAGUUGAUGGGGAAACUCAGCAGACUUCUGAUGGACGAUCCGACUGAAGCAGGAAGAGGAACCAUGAAAGCUCCUGCAGAAUGAAGUCUGCAGCCUCUCAUGUUGUUAACAGAACCUGAACUAGAACUCAACGAUACAGUUGGAGAACCUGAUUUACCACAGUGCUUCAUUUCUAAGGUCAUGUUCUAACACAUUUCACCUUUAUUAAAAAGCUGUCUGGAUGUUCCACUUACUGUUGAUUAAGAACAACAGAGAACUUUAUUACUGGUUAAUCUGACGGGUUCUUGUUCUAACAAAGCUCCCUCUGGGUUCUUUUAGAGUCUUACAGGAACGUUCCCACAUUACAAGUUCUAAUCCUGUUUUAAAGUUUGAUCUAACGGUUAUAGAACGUUUCAGUGAUAUUUAUCAUUUCCAAUAAUGAUCUUGUGAAAUUAAAUGAUUUCGCAUCAACGUUCAAAGGAUGUUUUUAGGGCUACAGAACAUGUUCUAUGAUAACAAAGGAAGAACAUUCUCAAACAUUCAAAAAAUGUUUUUCAGAUGUUAUUGAGGCCUCCCAAAGUAAGGACUUUCUCAAACCAACAUUCAAAAAGCGUUUUCCUAAUGUUAUCAAAGACUCAGAUGACAGAGCAUUGUUAAGAGAACCCAUUAUAGAACAUUUUUCUGUAAAACAUUCUUACAAGGGGGUACCGUUCUCAAAUGACAUUUGGAAAAUAUUCUCCAGAUGUCAUUGAGGUCUCCAAUGUUCUUCAGAUGUCUUCUUUGAAAACAUUCACACAACGUUCCACGGUGAUGGCAAAUGGAGAACAUUCUCAGAUCAAAUUUUAGAGCACAAAGACCAAACAAUGCCUUUAGUUAUUCUACCUUUAAGGAUAACGUUCUGGGAGCCAAACGAACUCCAGGUUCUGGUUCCUACCAGUGAGUUUAUGUCAACAUUUCGUCUGAACUUCUACAAAUGGAACCUUGUCUGGUCAGACCUUCCUCACAUCAGAUUCUACUGAUGCUAGAGCCUCAGCAGUUGGACAAAUGUGGACCAAAGACUGGAUUUUAGUAGAAACAUGGAUCCAUCCAUAGAUAACACUGACAGGAACUUUAUGGAGACACUAGAACAGUCUAUAUUGGAGAUUUGUACGAUUCUUUCCAUUUUCAAGGUCGUUUUGAACAGAUUUUGAGUCAUUCUGAACAGGGUUAGUGUCUUUCUAAGAAAACUGUGAGUAUUUUGGACAAUUUUUGCGCCACUUUAGACAUUUUUCGAGAUUUGUUGAUUGUUCGAGUGAUUUUUCACUUUAUCCCAUUUUCAAGGUCCAAUAAUUAUUCAUUAUUGUCAUUUUGUCAGUUUCAAGUCUAAAGGACAAAAAACUGGAACCUUGUCUGGUCAAACCUUCCUCACAUCAGAUUCUACUGAUCUUAGAGCCUCAACAGUUGGAGAAAUGUGGACCAAAGACUGUAUUUUAGUAGAAACAUGGAUCCAUCCAUAGAUAAACACUAACAGGAACUUUAUGAGGAUGCUAGACCACCAACGCUUGAACAUUUUGCACUUUCUUUCAUUUUCAAGGGCCACUGUUUAUUCAUUGUUGUCAUUUCAGUCAGGUUUCAAGACUAAAGGACCAAAAAAUUAUGACUUUACCUUGCCAUAUAUAUUUAUAUUUACAUUUUCUGGGGCAAAUAAUUAUUCAUUAUUGGAUUUUAGUCCAUUUUAAAGACAUUUGGCCAAAUUUUCUGUUAAUUUGGACAAAUUUUGAGUCAUUUUGGACAUAUUUCAGAUCAAGAAAAAAUAAAAAAAAAAACUGAAAAAUGUUAUCCAUUUUAAAAGCCUAAUAAUUAUUUGUUAUUGUCAUUUUGGAUAAUUUUGAGUCACUUUAGACAAUUUUUAUCUCAUUUUUGGUCAAAUUUUGAGUUAUUUUGAACAAUUUAAAUAAUUUUGGACAAAUUUCAAGUGUAAAGGACAAAAAAAUGGAACCUUGUCUGGUCAAACUUUAACCCAUCAGAUUCUACUGAUGUUAGAGCCUCAACAGGUGGAGAAAUGUGGACCAAAGACUGGAUUUUAGUAGAAACAUGGAUCCAUCCACAAAUAUACAAGAAAUGUUGCAUAUGGGGAACACUGGUUUUGGAGGUUUGGUUCUGCCAGAGGGAGCUUUGGAGCCUCUGGAUCUUCAUACAGAGUUCAGUUGUGGAGAACCGAUAACAGACUGAUCUGUUCUUCUCUUUGAUCGGUUGAGUUUCUACAGUCCACUAACUCUGGUUCCUUUAAUGUUCUGCACUGAUCAGCUGAUGUUCUCUGAACCUUUUGUAGCGCCGUUCUCACCUCCUGCCUGUUCUUGCCUUCAAGGUCUCUGACCAAACACUCACUCAAUAAAGAGAUUUUUUCGCA